AAAAUGUUGAUAUGACACUGCAAAAACUAAAUUCUAGAGCUAGAAUCUAGAUCUGGAAAUUCAGUAGAUCUAGUCUAGCCAUAAUAUUAAAAUAUUCAUAAGUCUUGCCAAUGACAGUGAUGACUUUGUGAAACGAAGUAAUGGAAGCUCUUUUAUCUUUAUGCCAAACUCGCCUCCAUGCCACAGAUGCUAGGCAGCACAGCCUGCUUGCACAGAAAGCUUUAAAGAUAAUAAAAGAAAAUGAGUUAGAUCUUAAAAAUGAAAAAUUGUUCUCAAGAUGUUCACCUCAUCCAGUUUUUGAAGCCUGUCGAGUUGGUAACUUGGAACUGGUUAAGCUGUUUGUUGACAAGGGAGCAAGCCUGAACAUACUUGAUGAUGAAGGGAAAACACCUCUUUUUGUAGCUAUAUCCUCCCAUUUCAACUCGUAUGAAAAUAUAUUACAGCUUUUGCUAUUAGGAGCAGAUGUUAAUCUUCAUAGACAUGGAAGACAUCCACUUCUAUCUUCAUUUUGUAGUAUGAACAGUAAAACUACCAAGUUGCUCAUCCAGCAUGGAGCGGAUGUAAACAAUGUUGUCCUGACAUUCUUCUGCUUUGUGGAGUCUUUGUUUGCCUUGAACUCAGGCAUGGUCAUGAUGACUUCAGGUAUUCGUGUCCACAUGGACGACUUUCAGGAACUGCUGUCUCUUGGUUCCGAGAUCAUCCUAGCCGGAUUAACACCAAGAACUUUCUACCUAUCUGGGAAAAGAUUUUUAGGAGAUUUUUUAACUCCUACAGAGUUAGACAGUCUGUGGUCUUUUCACCAACUUUGUCUGUUCUUGGGAUUUAAAGUUGACCAUUUAUGCCUAACACAAGCUAUUAAUGAAUUAAUCAACAGUUUAAAAAAUGAACCUGAUGUGCAGAAUGCAAAAGCUAUUAGAAUCAAGUUGGAUAAACUGCAGUGGACGAAAGAUUUUUUACAGCAGCCUCUACCUUUAACCUUUAUUGUUCGCAUAUCUAUCAGGGGUCAUCUUGUUUCACCCCAUGUUAGCAGGGGGAGACACAUAAAUGAAAAUAUAUCCAAACUCCCUUUGCCCUCUCUAGCUAAAGACUUUUUAACACUCAAAGCUUGUAGUAUCCAAAAUAAAGUUUUAACAGAAAGGUAACAUUACGUUAUUUAUCUUGAUUAUUUUAGGCAAGUGCAUUUCACAUCUUGUUAGUUUUCAUCCUGUGUAAGAUUUAGUGUAUUAGUUUUGUCUAGAAUCUCUGGGCAGCUGGUUAUCAGUUUAAAAUGUAUGCAAUAUAUUUAUAUCAGUUCAAAAUGUAUGCAAUAUAUUUAGCAAUAAGAACGAGCAGACCCGUGGCGUAUCAUACGCCGCUAUUUAGUUGUUUUAUUUUCUACUUUUCAGUCAUUCAUAAUUUGUGAAUUCGACAGUACCAAUGUUGCCACUGAAAAUAUUUGCUUAAAACACUAUCAG